UUCGUAAACCUUUUAAGAACCUAGACCGCCUCAUCACCCAAUACCCAGACAGACCAUCUCGCCGCCACAGCACACUGCAGCGUUGUGUCUUCGCACUCCGCCGUCAACGUCUUCCGCCACCGUCACAUCUCGCCGGAGCGUCGCGUUUCCGUCAGGGCUAAGUGCCAAGUGUUGCUGCUGAUAUUGUGACUUGUUGAUAAAGAUGAGACUUAUAACACAUAACAUGCUGUCAUCGAACAUAAAGGGUGUGGUGAAUGGAUUUCCUUUGCGCAUUGAAGCAGAGAAAGUGGUGGAAAAGACCAUGGAAAUGAACAGUGAGUUUCUGGAAAAGAUGUUUGAGAAGGUUGAUUGGAAGGCUUUUGUUGAUGCAUCGCGGGCAAUGGGAUAUACUGAACUACCUGAGGAGGCCAACUCUUCCAUGCUAGAUUCUGAUGAAUUUCUGAACAGGUUUCACCAUGCUCUCUUGGAACUCGACCUUGAAGAAGGUGCCCUUGUUUGCCCUGAGACUGGACGACGUUUUCCAGUCAGCAAGGGCAUUCCGAAUAUGCUUCUUCAUGAGGACGAAGUCUGAGUUGUGUUUUUAAUCAUCACCUUCAACUGUUUAGUGGCACUAGGUUUUUUGACACUAUUUAAGAAUGCUGGUAAUGGAACUGCAAUUAAAAUUUAUAGUUGUGGGUGUCAAUUUUACCCUUCUUUUUGUUGACAAAUGUUGUAUCCUUUGGCCGGGCUAUUCUUGGAUAGUUUUGCCGAGAUCAUUCCUCAGCUGACAGAGCAUGUGCUGGAUUUUAUGUGUAGAAGUUAGUUGCCAUUGACCGUGAGUUAGUGUGUUACUCGGUUCAUUUUCACUUCAUUAUUUUUGCACUUGAAUUGAUAUGUUUACAUGGUUCUGUUGGUAUUUUAGUCUGAUAACUUUUUCACAGUGAAA